GCCACCAGCCCACGCGGGACUUGGCGGGCGCGGAGUAGUGGCGGACAAAGCCGGCCGGCGGCGCCUCGGGCUGCCGGCGCCCCCUCCGGCUGCCGGCCCCGCUUCACCCCGCGGGCUCUCCGCGGCUUGCCCGGGGCAGGCGCCUGCCUCCCGAGGGGCUGGAGGUGUGGCGCCGCGCCUCUGGCGCCCGCGGUGGCGCUGCCGAGCAGAGCCGGGCGCUGGGCGCCGAGCGCCGGCCGAACGCCCGCCCGCCCGCACCCCCUCCCCGGCCGGCUGGCUGGCUGCGCGCACGGCGAACAUGGCGGCGGCGGUGGGGCGGGACACUCUACCUGAGCACUGGUCCUACGGCGUCUGCAAGGACGGGCGAGUCUUCUUCAUCGACGACCUGACCCGCACCACCACUUGGCUGCACCCUCGCACCGGGGAGCCCGUCAACUCCGGCCACAUGAUCCGCUCAGACCUGCCCCGCGGAUGGGAGGAGGGCUUCUCGGAGGAGGGCGCCAGCUACUUCAUCGACCAUAAUCAGCAGACCACGUCAUUUAGACAUCCUGUGACAGGACAGGUUUCUCCAGAAAAUAUUGAAUUUAUUUUGCGAGAAGAACAGAAUUCAUCUAUGUCCAAGCAACAAAUAAACCAAAGACCUUCAAGCAUGGUCAGUGAAACGUCCACUGCAGUAACUACAUCUGCUGUUGAUACAAAACCUGGCUUUAAGGUUGUGAAGGCUGGAAACAAAGUUCAUAGCUUUGGAAAGAGGGAACAAGCUAUCAGGAGGAAUCCCAAUGUUCCUGUUAUAGUAAGAGGCUGGCUACACAAACAGGAUAGCUCUGGAAUGCGAUUAUGGAAAAGACGAUGGUUUGUGCUUGCUGAUUAUUGCUUGUUUUACUACAAAGACAGCAGAGAAGAGUCGGUUUUGGGUAGCAUACCGUUGCCUAGUUACGUAAUAUCUCCAGUUGGACCUGAAGAUCGCAUAAAUCGCAAAUUUUCUUUUAAGGCUGUGCAUACAGGUAUGCGGGCAUAUAUUUAUAAUAAGAAUUCUGUUAUUGGCUCUCAGGCAGAGCAUUCAGGGAUGCGGACAUACUACUUCAGUGCAGAUACCCAAGAGGAUAUGAAUGGCUGGAUCCGGGCUAUGAAUCAAGCUGCUCUUAUGCAAACACGCUCUUCACUGAAGAGAGAAAAUGAAAAAGUGGAUCAGCAAGCUGUUCCCCAAGUCAACCAUGUGGAUGCCUGUAAAGAGUGUGUGAAGGCAGAGAUUACAGAUACAAAAGAAAGUUAUCAAAAAUCAGCUGAAAUGCUUGGAUAUGAUAAGCGUGAAGAUAUAAGAAGAGAAAAAGAGGAGGAGGAGCGUUAUAUCCACAGAAAAGAAACUCUGGAAACUAAGAAGGGAAAGGCUAAGCAUGCGUUAACAGAAGCUGAUUCAUUAUUUCCAGACUUAACGAAUGCAUCCCGGUCCCAAGUAGCUCAGCCUCAGCCAGCUGAGAAGAAUGGAACACUUCCUAGUUCAUUAAGUACGAGUGCUGGCCUAGUGGAGCAGAAUGGUACCAGCUCGUAUAAAAGGGGGUUUGUUCCCAGAACAAAUCCAGAUAAACAGAUUCAAAGAAAAAGUAACAUGGCUCAAGUGGAGCACUGGGUGAAAGUCCAAAAAGGAGAUACGAGAAGCCUCACUUCUGAUCACACUCUUACACGUCAGGGUCCCAAUCCACCUUUUCCUGAAAACUAUCACACUUUGCCAAAGAAUACCAGGCAGCCUUCAGGGAGCUCACCACCACCACCAAACCGCAAUUUGCCAAGUGACUACAAAUAUGCACAAGACCGUGUUAGCCACUUGAAGAUGUCCCAGGAGGAAAGGAAAGCAAAUAAGGAUGGAACUGUUUGGCAGCUAUAUGAGUGGCAGCAGAGACAGCAAUUUAAACAUGGCAGCCCCACUGCCCCACUUUAUGUAGGUUCUUCAGACUUUAUUGAUCGUGCUAAGUCAAAAAGUUCAUUAGAUGUUCCACGAUCAAUAUCUGUUCCGCCCUCUCCAUCUGAUAUUCCUCCACCUGGACCUCCAAAAAGCUUUCCCCUAAGGAGACCACAUACUCCUGCAGAAAGGCUUACAGUUAAACCAUCUGAUGAGAGACAGACUGUAGACGUUCCUUUUGCUGGAUCACCCAGGAAGAUACGAAGUAAUGCUGUAAAGAGCUCAACUCACGUUGAUCGACGGUCUAUGCCUGCUAUGGGUUACAUGACACAUACUGUGAGCGCACCCAGUUUGCAUGGCAAGUCGGCGGAUGACACUUAUAUCCAGUUGAAAAAGGAUUUGGAGUAUUUGGAUCUAAAGGUGACAGGGCGUGACACAUUAAAAGAACGAAGUACAAAACCUGUCAAGAUUGCAGAAAGUGAUAUUGAUGUCAAGCUAAGCAUUUUCUGUGAGCAGGACAGAAUACUGCAGGACUUGGAGGACAAAAUAAGAGCCCUUAAGGAAAAUAAAGAUCAGCUGGAGUCUGUUUUGGAGGUUUUACACAGGCAGAUGGAACAGUACAAAGACCAACCACAACACGCAGAAAAAAUUUCUUACCAGCAGAGACUUUUGCAAGAGGAUCUCAUACAUAUUCGGGCUGAAAUAUCCAAAGUUUCAACGGAAAUGGAAAAUGCCUGGAAUGAAUAUCUGAAAUUAGAAAAGGAUGUGAGCCAGCUGAAAAAAGCCUUACAGGAACAGAUGAAUAGUUCAUUGGUAUCUCAGGAGAAAACACAAAUACAAAAAGACUUGUGGAGAAUCGAAGAUGUUACAGCUGGCUUGAGUGCAAAUAAAACAAACUACAAAACCAUAGUAGACUCUAUCAAGAAUCCAGAGAGAAAAGUAGUGCCUUCAUUUUCUCAGUCUUCAGUGCCUUCCUUACCAGCUUCCCUCGCAACUGUGGAGAGCAAACUUUCAAUCCCGCAAAGCCCUCCACCCAGUCCAGUUAAAUCCCCUCUGGAGGUUAGGCUGUAUCCACAGCCUUACUUCCAGGCCAGAACACAGCACCAAGCACAGCAGCUGAAAAAAAUCGAGCCGCCUCUUCAGUCACCACUUAAGCUAAAGCCAAAGGUUGAAGAUGAAGCACCGCCCAGACCUCCUCUCCCUCAGUUGUACAGUCCUGAUGAUCAGCCACCAGCCGUUCCACCUCUCCCGAGAGAAGCCACUGUCAUCAGACACACAUCAGUGCGGGGCCUGAAACGUCAGUCAGAUGAAAGAAAGAGAGACAGAGAACUCGGACAGUGUGUUAAUGGAGAUUAUAGGGUGGAACUGCGUUCAUACAUGAGUGAGCCAGAACUAGCAAUGAUAGGUGGUGACCUCAGCCACCCUUCCAGUGGUUUAAUAAGCUCUGACAGUGGAUACCAGACAUUACCUACCCGUGGUUUAUCUGGAUCAACUUCCAGAUUGCACCAAUCAUCUACCAUUUCAUCAUAUGCAACACUUCGAAGGGAUAGGUCCAAGGAAAGACCAAAGAGUGCCUUGGAACGUUUAUACUCUGGAGACCACCAAAGAGGCAAGAUGAGUGCAGAGGAACAACUAGAAAGAAUGAAGCGACAUCAGAAGGCAUUAGUUCGUGAACGCAAGAGGACUCUUAGCCAAGGAGAAAGGCAGUCUGUUUCGUCUCGGUCUUUCAUCAGGCCCAUUUCUGCAGACAUAGGCUCAUGGAAACGAGAGCAAGAAUUUGAUUUGCAGUUACUUGAGAGGGCAAUUCGUGGAGAAGACAAGGAUGAAAAUGAAUGGUUAAAAGUUCAGCCAGUAGCAGUGACAGAAACAGACCUGGAGCCUCAAGACUAUGAUUUAGAUAUCAGCAGAGAGUUGUCAAAACCUGAGAAGGUUGCAAUUCCAGAACGCUAUGUUGAACUGGAGCCAGAAGAGCCUCUUUCUACAGAAGAACGGGCAGCAAGACAGCGUAAAGCAGAAAAGAUAAAGAAUAUUCUUACUAAAUCAAGCAUGCACAAUCUACAGCCUACUGUUGCCCAGGACAAGCACAACUCAGUUGAUUUAGAUUCACAGCUGCAAGAGCAGGAGCGCAUCAUUACCAUAUCAUACGCUUUGGCUUCUGAAGCCUCUCAGAGGAGCAAGGAGGUAGCAGCUCAGCAGUUGACCUAUCCAUCUAAAGCACCCUCACCUUCUGUACCACAGCCAGCUCAUUCCCCCUUAAGCAAUGGAUUUCACUACACAUUUGUUUAAACACGUUAAAACCAAAGCAGUAAGUGAACACUGACAUGAGACUGAAAGCAAAUCCCACCUAGUGUCACUGCGUCGGAGAAAGAGGAGAUCCAUCACAUUCUGUGAAGAUACUCAUCGGCUGAUGAUAUGUUCUUCUGGAAAUACAUUCAGCUAAUAAUAGGGGGAUUUUCUAUGAAAAUGAAGAGAAUUGCAAAUCAUUUUAUUUUUACUUCAGUGUAGUUCAGACUUUAUAUGAAUAAACGGCACUUUUAAUAAGCUCUGUAAAAUACUGACAAUGUAUUUUUAGGACAGUGUAUUUUAGAAUUUUUUUUAAAUCAAGGGCUGAAUUAAUUUUAAGAUAAACUACUUGCAUAGAUGUUAAAAGAUGCUGUUAGUUCCCCCUCAGGCUCAGAUGCACAAUGUGAAGUUUCAUGAGAAAAAUGUAAAUUUGAACAAACAUAGAAGCACAUUCAUAGAGUACGGUUAGAGCUAACACAAGUGAGAGGUUUGCCAGAAGGGUGUUUUGGAUUGAAUAUGUUUGUAGAGUUAAUCACCCACCCUUUUGCCCAUUAAAUAAUACAUUGCAAGGAACUUUAAGCUUGAUUUUUCUAAGUAUUGGUAACCACUGUAUAGCUGAAGUUUUCCACAAAAGCCAUAAUGAAAGCCGGUUUUAACUCCCAUUUCCUUUUUUGAUCCCAUAUGAUUAACUUGCUGGUGUCCAUGCACAGUAUGCCAGGUUGCUCUUGAGAUUAGUGCUGUCCCCUCAGUAACAAACAGCUAAUAAAAUUUUUUUUUUGGAAAGGUGAGAUGUGGGAAAAGAAAACUUCUAAUUAAAAUAUGUAUAACUAAGCAAUAAAAAAAUAUAAUAGGAUAUGUCAUUUUACUAGUAAAUAUAUUUGCUUGGUUUUUUUUCAAUAAACAUUACAAUGUGAUGUAUUGACUAGUAUUCAUCCUGCAAACAGCAAGACUAAUGUAAUGUGGCACCUGCUAAUUUCAUACAUAUGUUCACCUGGUGCUGAACUUUGCCAAACUUUGAAAUUCAGUGUUUUACUUACGUAUAGGGCAAAGGGUGAGGUAGUCACAUAAGCAGAAAAUAGAUUAAAUGAACUGCUGCAACUACUUUACUUGAAAAAAAACAAACUGUACGCAUUGAAUGCAAGAAAUGCAAAAAUUUCCCAUUAUGUAGUUAUUAGUUGAGUUCAGCUCUGGAUGAGAAAUGACUGAGAAAUACUUCUGCAGUAUUUUGUGAAACCACUAACUCGUUCAUUUGCUGUAGUCAAGUAAUAGCUACAAAACCCUUGAAAUAGACCUUCAAGUUUCAGACUUUAAGACAAAUCGUAUUAUAUUAACACUAUACAGAGAAAUAUUCUUACAAGUAUAUAUUUAGCUAAUGCAAUCUAUUUUACCUCAAUACUGCCAGUAUCAACUUCAAGACCUUUUGCCAAAAUAAUGAUUUAUUUUUGCCUUUUUAAAAAGUUUUGAAAGCAUAAAUGAAUAUUUUGCAAGAAAGCAUUAAUUUAAAUAAAAUGUAACAGUUUGGAAAAUGAUAUAUGUACAGAUUAAAAUAUUAACAUAACUGCCUCUUA